GGAAAACAGGAGGGGUCAAAGGCUAUUUUCCAAAGCGCCAUCUUCAUGUCCUGGGUUGCACCACGCUGCUGUGCUUCAGCUUUGGCUACAUUUGAACGUUCUUUAGGUUAGUCUCAUGCCAAGAACUGAGCUCCUGCCCCAGACUUUCACUGCAACAGAUACCAAGAGGGAAGGGUACUGCUCAGUGAGAGCAAUCCUCCUGCACCUGGGAUGUGAAAGCAGCAGCUUUCCAGCCAGGCUCUGGCUGCUGAACACAUGUCUGUGUCCAGUGGUACCUCAAGCAAGGUUUCCGACACAACGAGCAGUAAUACCCAGGACUUUCACAACAUAAAGCAACCAAGCAACCAUAUCCUGGAAGAUUUACUACAAAUUGAAUUACCAAGAAUGAUUUACACAAAGCCACAGAUUCUAAAGCCACCGAGAUGUGACGUCCUUAUGAUGACUCCAUGGUUUGCUCCAAUAGUUUGGGAAGGGACCUAUAACUCCGAGAUCCUGAAUGAGCAGUUCCGACAAAGGAAUGUCACUGUUGGACUGACAGUGUUUGCUAUCAAAAAGUAUGUAGUCUUCCUCAAGACGUUUUUAGAAACUGCAGAGACGUACUUUAUGGUUGGACAUAGGGUGAACUAUUACAUUUUCACAGACAGACCAGAAGAAGUUCCUAAAGUUGCGCUCAAAGAAGGAAGGAACAUAGUGGUUCUCCAAGUCCAAAACUACCCUAGGUGGCAAGAAAUCUCUAUGCGACGAAUGGAAAUGCUCAGCUACUUCUCUCAGCAGCGGUUCAUUAAUGAGGUCAGCUACCUUGUGUGUGUUGAUGUAGACAUGAAGUUUAAUGACCAAGUUGGAGUGGAGAUCCUGAGCGACUUGUUUGGCACACUACACCCAGGUUUCUACGCUGCAGAGCGUCGGUCUUUUUCCUAUGAACGUCGACCUGCUUCUCAAGCUUAUGUGCCCAGCGAUGAGGGUGACUUCUACUAUAUGGCAUCCAUUUUUGGAGGAACAGUAAUGGAGGUUUACAAGCUGACCAAGCAAUGCCAUGAAGCCAUCAUGGUGGACAAAGCCAAUGGAAUUGAGGCAAUCUGGCAAGAAGAGAGUCACUUAAACAAGUAUUUUCUUUACCACAAACCAACCAAAAUACUUUCUCCAGAAUACAUGUGGGACGACAAUCUAGGUAGGCCAGAGAUCCUUAAGAAAAGAAGGUUUCUUGCUGUACGAAAGAAUCAUGCUGCAAUCAGAAAUAAAUGAAGGUAAUCUCAGUUUGCACUAAGCCCAGUCAAACAUAACUGAUAUUGUAGGUUUCCUUGGUUGAUGAAAA